UAGAGUCGUGCGACGGAGAGAAGAUAGGGGGAGGACAGUGUGGCCCUGCGCGGAUGGCUCCCCCACAACUAAAUAGCGAAGCACCCUUGAGGGAGAAGGAGGUGGCGGGCAGCGGCGGGAACGGACCCCGCCGUUUCUUUACUUGGGAAGAGGUCGGGCUGCGCACUGGUCGGAUCCAGCCUUACAACGAGCACUGGCUGGUGAUCGACAGGAAAGUCUACGACAUUAGCCGCUUCUACAAGCGGCACCCGGGAGGCGCCCGAGUGAUCCGGCAUUAUGCCGGGCAGGAUGCCACGGAUGCAUUUAUGGCAUUCCACCUUGAUAAAGACCAAGUGAACAAGUAUUUGAAGUCAUUACUGAUUGGGGAGCUGGCGCCAGAUCAACCUAACUCUGAGCCCAACAAAAAUCAAUUGAUAAUAGAGGACUUCCGGAAGCUGCGAUCCACUGUUGAGAAGACAGGACUCCUGAAGCCAAAUAGUCUCUUCUUCUUCUUGAUUUUCCUGCAUAUUGUGAUACUGGAUGUUGCUGCUUGGUUGACCAUCUGGUACUUUGGAUCAUCUUUAGUACCAUUCUUCAUAGGUGUUGCAUUAUUUACUACUGCUCAGUGCCAAAUGUCCUGGUUCCAGCAUGACUUAGGACACCUUUCUGUCUUCAGCAACUCGAAAUGGAAUCAUCUGGUACACACCGUCUUAAUGGGUGCAGUAAAAGGAAUGCCAGCUAAAUGGUGGAAUAACCUGCAUUUCCAGCACCAUGCCAAGCCCAACUGCUUUCGUAAAGACCCUGAUCUCAACAUGCAUCCCAUUGUGUUUGCUUUGGGGAAGAAACUGUCUACAGAGCUUGGGAUGAAGAAAAAGAAGUUCAUGCCUUACAACCAUCAACACAAGUACUUCUUUAUUACAGGUCCAGGUUUGCUGCUUCCCUUCUUCCAGUUCUCUGUAUUCUACUUCUCAAUCAAGCGAAAAGAAUGGGUGGAGCUAGCAUUGAUUGUGACCUACAACAUCAGAGUUUGUCUAAUCUAUAUACCCCUUAUGGGAUUUAAGUGUUUUAUGGCAUUCUACUGGCUAUCUAGGUUUCUCGAGACCUCUUGGUUUACUUGGGUUUCACAAAUGAACCACAUCCCAAUGCAAAUUGACUAUGAUAAAAAUACCGACUGGCUGUCUAUGCAGCUCCAGGCAACCUGCAACGUGGAUCAAUCCUUUUUUAAUGACUGGUUUACUGGCCAUCUGAACUUCCAGAUUGAACACCACCUUUUCCCCACAAUGCCUCGACACAACUACUGGAAGGUGGCCCCUCUGGUGAAAUCCCUCUGUGCCAAGCAUGGCAUUGCCUACCAAUGCAAGCCCCUGUUCACUGCCUUUGGAGAUAUUUUGCACUCCCUGAAGGAUUCAGGAGAAGCCUGGUAUGAUGCAUAUAUACAUGCAUAAGAAGAAGCUCCUCAAGAAUACAUCAUAGGUUGAGGGCAGUUAAUGUGCUGAGGAAGAAUUUGGAGUCUGGGGGUGAGCUAGGCAAAUGUUAGUGAAUUUUGGGCAUUCUGAAAUUCUUUUUUCCUGUUCUACACAAUAUUUCCUUUUGUGGAAGUUCUGUUUGUAUUGUAGCAUUUGUAGGAUAGGGUCAGCUUAAAAUGCAAGAGUGGCAUGAGAAGGGAGGCACUUCUGUUGUGCUUCAUUUAUGAAGACAUCUUGGUAUAAGACUGAAAUCUGACUAUCUCUUUUCCCCUUGGGGAGAAAGUUUAAAGCAGAGAACUGGUGGAGAAUGAAAAUGAAAAGUAAUAGCAUUUGUGAAAAGCCACAGGUUAUUUGGGGGAAAUCAUCAUUUAGGCAACUGGUUCUGCUGCAAGAACAGAAGUGCCUUCUCAAGUUUCCAUGAUAGUGAGUUUAAGGAAAAGGUUCCAUAUAGUUAUUUAGCAGCUGAAUAGAUUUCAUUGACUUCUAUGUUACCAAUGUCCCCUUUGUAUGUUGGUAGUAGUGCUGAUUGCCCCUCCACCAGACGCUUCAAAGAACAUGAGGUGGGCCUCCAUGCUGAUGCUCAGUCCUUUGGAGGGUCUGUUCAUGUGAUUUCAGCCUUUGUUAGGAAAGACUGCAUGGCAUGAUAAAAUGUGAAGGCCUCAGCGUGCCCAUUGUUUGAAGUACGCAAGGAAGAGAGGAGUACAUCCUCACUCAUUCACCACAGGAGGACCACUACCACUCCUAAUACUUGACCUGAUUGAUUUUUCAUUCAGUGACAACUGCUAGCUGCAUGAUGGAAAAGUAUUACAUUUAUAUUUUUCAAUACAUGUUUGAAAGUAUUGAUCCUCUUUAGCACAACCCUCAUAUGUUGUACACCCUCUUAUAUAUUUGUAUUUAUUUAUAUGGUUUUUGUUAAUGUUUCAUAAAUC